AUGAGCUCGGAGUCCGCGCACGGCGGGGAAGAGAGAGCAUUGAGAAUAGAGGCGGGGAAAGGAGGAUUACGCACACAUUCACAUACGCAAGCAGAGAGCGAGUCCAGUUCCAUUCUUCAGACACAAUUCGGGUUAGUCAGGUCUCUCACGGUUCAUUAUGCAAUUGCCGGCGGACUCGCCAGGGUUCCUGUUUACCGCCCACCUUCAUCGGCUCCCCACAAACACAAACAGGCUCUCACCGGACGGAGCGAUACCCUGAACACUUGUGUCACUUCCCCUUUCGUCGAUCUGAAGGUCCACCUUUCUCCUCUCGCCCAUGGUCAUCGGUUCGGUCAGUGUGUGAGAUCAGUGUGUGAGAUCGUGAACGAGAAACUUCGCUCCACUAAGACGAUGAAGAGGAUGAGAUUCCUGCAGUUCUUGGUGAUCCUUACGGUGGCUUUCUUCAUCCAACGACUGGAGGCGAGACCGGCAGCGCCCGAGUUGGCCGAUCAUGUUAGAGCACCUACUCUAGGAGCCCUGGUACUAAGAAUUUUGCGGAAGUUUGGGGAAUUCGGACCUCCACUCAUCUACGAGUGCAAGGGAUGGUUUUGCAAGGACUGAUCUCUUCUCAUCUGCGGGGUAUCAUGAACACAUUCCCCUCUCGACUCAAACUUGAAGAAACCCUGACUGAAAAUCGUUUCAAUGCUACAAUCCCCGUGCCAAAGGAUACGUUCCACAAGUGAUACCUUUGGACAGCUUCGUCCUUUAUAUCAUCAUCAUCGGCCAUCUCAUUGUUCGUGAAUGAAAGCUUCUUCGUGCUGGUGACCAUGGAAUAAAAUGGAACUAAACGAAGAACAAA